CAUGUCGGUGCACUACACCCUCAACCUGCGCGUAUUCUGGCCCCUGGUGACCGGCCUGUGCACUGCCUUCGUGUGCCUCUACCAUGUCCUGCGAGGGAGUGGGGGCGCCCGGGCUGAGCCCCCCGACGGCGCGGACGGUGGCUUCCCGCUGCUCAAGAUAUCUGUCCUGCUCCUCCUCGGCUACAUCCUCUUACGCUGUCGCCACGCUGUCCGGCAGCGCUUCCUGCCCGGGUCUCCCCGCCUGGGGGACCGCUCCACCUUCUCUCCAAGGCACUUCCAAGAGCCGAGCCUCGGCAUCUUGCUGGAGAGUUACUACGAGCAUGAGGUGCGCCUGUCGCCGCACGUGCUGGGCCACAGCAAGGCACACGUGAGCCGGAUCGUGGGCGAGCUGGUGCGGGCUGGCCGCGCCCGCGGAUCCCCAGGCCCCGUUCCGGGGGGGACCUUGGCCUUGGCCUUCCGCGGAGACUUCAUCCAGGUGGGCAGCGCCUACGAGCAGCAUAAAAUCCGACGGCCAGACGCCUUCGACGUUCUGGUGCCGUUGCGCCUGCCGCCGCUGGUGGCGCUGGAGCCGCGGGGCCUGGGCGCCCAGCCCGCUUUGGCCCCAGCCUUUCAUGGCUGCUUCGUGUGCUCACUCAAGGCGCCGCCGGGAGCCUCUGGGAGCCAGUGGCUCCGGGACUGCAAACCUUUCGCUGACAGCUUCUGUGUGGACGUGCGGGGGCGGCGCCACCUCUCGGCUACCCUGGUGCUGCGCUGGUUCCAGUCGCAUCUGCAGCGCUCCCUGGCCACCGUGCGAUACAGCUUGGAGGAGCGCUGUCGGGUCACCCUGACCCCUGGAAGCCUGGAGCAGCCUCCCACGCUGCACAUCCUGCCCUGCCGCACUGAUUAUGGCUGCUGCCGCCUUUCCAUGGCCGUGCGACUCAUUCCCGCAGUCCACCUGGGCGACGGCGUCUUCCUCGUGGCGCCACCACCGCCAUCCACGCCUGUCGGGUCCCCGUCGGAGCUCCCGGGAGGCCUGCGUGCCGAUGCACUGUGGGGCGUGAACACAGCCCGCCAGGAGCAGAAGCUGCUGGGCUGGCUGCAGGAACGGGCCCCUCCAGGUGCCUGCUACCUCAAGUGCCUGCAGUUGCUUAAAGCCCUGCGAGACCUGGGCGCCCGCGGGCUGGACCCCACGGCCGCCACCCAGUGGGGACGCGUCCUGUCCUCAUACGUGCUCAAGACGGCGCUGCUGGCGGUGCUGCUGCACGAGAGGGCUCCGGAGCAAGGCUGGGAUGAGGCUCACCUGGGCAAGCGCAUGGAGCAGUUAGUGCGGUUUCUUAGGGACUGCCUGCUGCGACGCCAGACACUCUUCCACUGCGUCCUGGGUCCCGGAGGGGCGGUCGCCGAAGUGGGCCCACUGCCCAAGGUACUUCGUGAAGCCACCCCAGUUGACCUCCUGGCAGCUUUUGAUGGUCACGCCCGGGAACUCGUGGCAGCACGCUUGCUGUCCACAUGGCGAAGGCUGCCCCAGCUUCUCCGGGCCUAUGGGGGUCCCCGCUACCUUGCCAGGUGCUCCCCACCGCGGAGCCAGCGCACCCAGGGCUUCCCUAAAGAUGAACCAUAAACUCUGAUAGUGGCCCUACCUGGCCUAAUGCUCCUAAAGCCUCUCCCACUAGGUGGGGUUGGGGGUGGCAAUGAAUCCAGUUCAACUUUAGAAAGAUGAGCUGCAGAAGGUGAUGGAAAAUUCUGAGGAUGACAUUUGGUGACUUAAAUGUCAUCACCCUUGGAUUCACAAUCCAGUAUAGUUGCAGCAUCUUCUUUAUACUCACCUAGGCAGGCUCCAGAAAGACAUCCAAUAGCAGCAGCUAAGAGUUGGUCCAAAUGUUGGGUUGUGUGGAACGAUUCUGUGGAAGGAUCCGCAGAUUUUAGGGAAGUCCAGUGAAGGAAGAGAGAACUAGCAGCAGAGAAAAUUCCCUCUGUGGGUUGUUGAGGCACAGGUCUCUCUGGCCCCCAAAUUUAAAGAAGUUAAUUUUUUUUCUGGCAUAACUACUUGCUGGGUCCUGGGUUCCCAGUUGGCUUUUUUAAAAACAUGAUUAUCUACAACUGGAAUUGAUAUUCUAUUCUAGGGGCUACUGUUCUGAGGAACAUAGUUUCUACUCUGCAAAUUAAUAUUAAUGUAUAUUUUAAAUGGUGCGGUCAUGGGUGUGUGACGAGAUUGUGAAGAAGUAAGUCACACAGGCAGUCAAGACUUGGUUAGAGAAACUUCCAGAGCAAAUAGCACUUUAUUUCGAUCAACUCUUUUGUUCUGUGGUAAUUGCUAGUGCCAAGUGUUGCAUCUGAAAGGGAGGCUAGCUACGUUUACUACUAAGAAAUGUGUAGUCUUGAAAAGCUGGCUUGCUCUAUUUACAUCCCUCCAGGCACAUGCCAGGAUGUGUACUGGUCAACACCCAUCCGUUGAGCUCCUGCUGUGAUCCAGGCACAGUGCAAAGUAGCAUCAACGUGCAUGUUUAAGAAAACACUGGUGAGGGCAGAAAACAUGUUGGGUCUAGAGAAAGAUGUAUUUUAGCUUUGCCUAUCAAGGUGUCUCACUGGGACUUGCUGCUGGCUGGAGCCAGAAACCUUUUUUCGUUUUAAGGCUUUUAAGCAAACUCCUUUGCAUGAGAUUUCUUUUGAAUUCAAUGAGAUAAUGAAGAGGAAGUGCCUACUGUAGUGCCUAGCAGGUAGUUAGUGCUCUCAGUGCCCAGUAAUGGUUAGUGGUUGGAAAGCUAUUCUCCCACUGCCCAAGCUGCCUUUAAGUGGUCCUAAAGCAACUUUGAAGAGAGGUUGUCCGCAUAGGUCUUGCGAGGUGUUUCACUUAUGUAUAGUUCAGUAUCUGGACUCUGUACUUGAAGAUCCAUGACUCUGAUCAGUCAGCAGAGGAGAAAUACAGUGAAGAGCAAGAGAUGGGUGGAGAUAAAAGGAGGUAGCCCUUGUUAGUGGUCAGCUCUUUUUUGUCUUUGGACAGAAAUAUCACCAGGUUGGGUGUAUUUUGCAGCCAGGAGGAGCCCAUUCUGAAAUCCCUCCUUGUCCUCCCAAAUUUCUAGCAACCCUCAAUUCCAAGUUUAGAAUGUCCAUAAUAUGCUUGCCGAAUAGAAACUGCAGCCAGUCCCAGUGUUAUACUUUGGGAUUCUUUUUUUAAACAAAGACAUGUACUCCCUUAGACUCUUAAAGGUAAAGCUUGGAAGACAGAAGUAGCUACCUGAAUAGGGCCAUUGUUUAAUUCCUGAGUUAUUUUGAGGGAACUCUUUAAACUUUCUUUAGGGGACCUACUCGGCCACUGCAGGAAAUCUUUGUGAAGAAAUGAUUUAUAGGAAAUCCUCAUCAGAACUGCAGAGACUUCUUAUAUUCUGUGCAACCUUGGACUGUAAGAGAAGCAGUUCGCAAAUGUUUUGCUUUCUCUUUGAGGUUGUUUUGGGGAGAGUUCCCCUUGAGACCACAAAGGUCAUUCCUAGCUUUUGAGGUUAUUACUAGGUUAUAUAUAAGGUACUGCAUUUAGCAAAGGGGUCAGUCUACCAACUUUCUGCAAAGAUAUAAACUGCACAGUGUUUUUUAGAAUUCCUUUUUUAGAGUAAAUGCCAACAGGAAUUAGAUCUUAUAAUGUUUCCAUAGUCAGCCACAAUUUCCCCUGUGGUCAUUAAGCCUACUGGAGCAGGGGAUUAUAAAACUUUAAAAGCUGAAUUUUCCAUAUAUUUCUAGCUGAGUUGAUAGGUACCUUUUUUUUAUCUUAGUAGUGUUUUGAAGUUUAAAUCUGGUAACAUACUGUUCUUGUAGGUUUUUGUUAUUUUUUUCUUCAGGUUAAUUACCCAAAGCCUUGUCCAUCCUCAAGAUUUUAAAUUUUUAUUAUUUUUUUAAAUUAAUGGGGCAUUGUGUUUGUGAAUUUUUUUUUUAAUAUUAAUGUUGUAUUUAAAUGCCAUGCUGAACAAUUGUUCUCUGUACAUGGUAACCAAAACUUAGCUUUCGAUCAAUUUUGAUCAAUGUUUAGUAAUCCCAAACAUGUACUGUGUACAAAUGAAAUAAUAUGGCAUAUUAGCCAGGUAUGAUGGUUGCCCGAGGCACUUAAAUUAAGCUCAGUUCUGUAUUUUAUUAGGGCUCCAUCAUGACCUUAAUCAGAAAAUUACACAUUUUUGGUGUAUACUUGGUACUGGAGAUUCAUAUUUGCAAAUAUUUUUAUACAGGAAGGCUCAGAAUUGCUCAUGUUUAAAAAAAAAAAAAAAAUUGUCCAGCCAGUGCCCACAGAAAAUGUUUGGGGAAAAUGACUCAGCCAUUUUGCCUCGAGACACCCUUCAGUAACUCCCACUGACCAGCCUUGGGAGCCAUCCUAGAAUGCUGGAGGGCUGAGAGUAGGAGGUGGGGCUUUUUUUUUUUUUGCAGAAUGAAACUGAAGUGAAAGAAGGGAGAAUGUGAAUGAAUCAAGAGAAAUCUGAAGGACUCAGGAAGGAGGACUUAAGAUGGAAGUGAAAGGAAGGGAAGAUGGGAUGGAAAUCAUAUGAGGGUGGGAGAGAGGUUUGGGUUAGGAAACACAUUUUUAGGUAUGUGCUAUUUCAAAAUCAGGGGUCGCAAACUCAGCAGCCUGCAGAAGCAAGGUAGAGAAGGGGUGGGUGGGCAGUGGGGACUGCCUGUCUUAGGGGGGCACAGCCAUUACUCAGCUCCAUGCAAGGGGGAAAAGGGGUACAGUGGGGCUGAAAUUCGGGAUUUUUUUAAGUGAAACUUUCUGAUUUUUAAACAAAACAAUUUAAAAUUUCUAAAACACCAUGUGGGUUAAACAAAACAUUUGGUUGAGCCUGUCGGCCACCAGUUUACGACCCCUGCCUUACACAAUUAACCCCCCCAAAUAUGUAUAAGGUUAUAUUUAUUGUUAUGGAUAUGAUGUUGUUAUACAUAGUUGGGGGAGUGAUAUCUCAGUCUUCUUUAUCUCUCAGAAUUAAGCUUUAUUGUAGAAACAAACCAAAAAAAUUAUCACGGCCACAGAUAACACUUAACUCUCAGAUGGACCCUCUCUCCUGGGGCUGUUCUUUGCAGUUAGAUCCUCCAGCAAACUGCUGGGGGCCAGUUCUUGGCAUUUCCUUCCUGGUGAGUCCGGGCUCAACUCCUAGGCUAUGUCGGAGUUUGAAGAUGAGUCAUCAGCAAGGAUUGCAGAAUAACUUGUUUCUUUUUUAUUUGCAUUUUAUUCUUAUUUUAAAAUUUAUUAUUAUUAUUAUUAUUAUUAUUAUUAUUAUUGUUAUUAUUUGCGGUAGUGUCCUUGGCUGUGCCUUAGCAAUGAUAACUGGUGGCCUUGAAUACCAGAAAAUCAGUGCUGGGUCUUGGGGCCAUGCUUCUUAGGCUUGUUACCAUUCCCAUUGCCAAGAACAGUUCCGAUCACAUGUCCAUCCCUUUCUGACUCAGUGGCUCCCACCAAAAUUGACAUCCUAGCAUUCUGAAGGAAGUAACCUAACAGCUUCCAAAGGGGCUCUUUGAUCCUCAUGGAGUAAGUCACUUUUUCUGUAAAAUGUGGCAUUUGACCUUGGUGCUGAAGACUUAACUUAUCCCCUCCCACGAAGAGGAAGGUUAUUACCUCCCCCCCAGUCAUGGAAAAAAUGAAUCUCAUUACAAUUCCAGUGUCCCUUGAGAGGGAAAGAAGUUCAGUGUUAUCAUGUGGCCUUUGUUUAUUUCUUAAAAAUUGCAUGUCUGUUGCUUAGACACUACUGUUUAUUCUUUAUACCUACAUAGCCCAUGAUAUGGUGGGGAUAAAGCAAGUAUAGUAAAUUGGGAGCAGGCAAAGAUAUAUAUGUGAUCAUGUAUACAGAGGAAAUAGACCAAAAUGUGCAGCUAAAUUAUAUAUAAUCUGUUUUUUUAGUAUCCGAUAUUCAGGAAUAUUUUAGCACCUUUUGCAUUUAAAAAAAAAAAAAAAGUGCCUUGAUUUAGUCACUUGACUUUAAAACAUUCCUCUUAUUUUAUUGUGAUUUUUAAUGUGUAUUCUGACCCCAAACUGUGUAUUAUGAUGCAGUGUCAGCUGCAGUCAUAGCAUAUGUUGUGUUCCAAUAACAGAGACCAAAGAGUUAAUCAAAUAUGGUUCAGCUGCUACAGUUGUGUGAUUAAAAUGUAUUUUAAUCACACCAAAUUUCCAUGGCCCAAAGAGCCGAGGCCUGCCAUUUGUUUUCUAUUUCAGGUUGGAGUAAAUUUGCACUUUUUAAUCACAUGGGUCAUUUGGGGACCUUGUUCUUUUAUACUUUGCUUUGUUAAUAAAGGAACUUGUAGAAACCUG